AAACGUCAGUUCAGUGUCAGUCGUCCGCCCGCAGUUUUGCCUUUUCUCAACACGUUUUUCGGUCGCGGUCACGGAUUUUUGUGCAUUUCCAACAAAUUGUCCAUUAAUUAGCCGGAAAAUAUUGCCCCUGUAUUCACCAUGUCGAGUUCGGAGAGCGAGAACGGAAAUCUAACCGAUUUGGAAGAGGAAAAUCAGGUAAACGCCGAUUCCGAUUCGAACGAGUCCCAGCAGAAUGGUGUCAGCUCCGAAAGCGACGACGAUAGCGAUAACAACAAAAACGGAAAUGCCGAUUCCGAGGAGAAACAGGCCAGCUGGGAGGAUAUGGGAUUGAUUGACACUUUGUGCGAAGCCUGUCGGGCUCUGAAAUGGAAAGCUCCAUCGAAAAUUCAGCGGGAAGCAAUCCCUUUGGCGCUCCAGGGAAAGGAUGUCAUAGGUUUGGCAGAAACCGGAUCCGGUAAAACGGGUGCAUUUGCGUUGCCGAUAUUGCAAGCAUUGCUAGAAAAUCCUCAACGCUACUUUGCCGUCAUCUUGACUCCGACUCGUGAGUUGGCUUAUCAGAUCUCGGAACAGUUUGAAGCACUCGGGGCUUCCAUAGGGAUCAAGUGUUGCGUUAUUGUCGGUGGCAUGGAUAUGGUUUCCCAGGCUUUGCAUUUGGCCAGAAAGCCGCACAUCAUCAUCGCAACUCCUGGACGUUUGGUGGAUCACUUGGAAAACACUAAAGGCUUCAAUCUGAAGGCAGUAAAGUAUCUGGUAAUGGACGAAGCAGAUCGUAUUCUCAAUCUGGAUUUUGAGGUCGAACUGGAGAAAAUACUGAAGGUCAUUCCACGAGAGAGAAGAACGUUCUUGUUCAGUGCCACAAUGACGAAAAAGGUCAAGAAAUUGGAAAGAGCUUCCCUUAAGGAUCCAGUGAAAGUCGAAGUUUCCAGCAAAUAUCAAACAGUCGAGAAGCUGUUACAGUACUACAUUUUUAUUCCGGCUAAAUACAAAGACGUGUACUUGGUGCAUAUUCUGAAUGAGCUUGCUGGAAAUAGCUUCAUGAUUUUCUGCAGUACCUGUAACAACACUGUCCGGACAGCUUUGAUGUUGCGCGCCCUCGGAUUGGCUGCAGUUCCGUUGCAUGGCCAAAUGUCCCAGAACAAACGACUGGCAGCGCUCAAUAAGUUCAAGGGCAAAAACCGCCAGAUUCUGAUAUCAACAGACGUAGCUUCCCGUGGUCUCGACAUUCCCCAUGUGGACGUAGUGUUGAAUUUUGAUAUACCAACGCAUAGCAAGGAUUACAUCCAUCGUGUGGGAAGAACGGCUCGAGCAGGUCGUGCCGGUAAAGCGGUUACCUUUGUGACCCAGUACGACGUGGAGUUGUACCAGAGGAUUGAACACCUGCUCGGCAAAAAGCUGCCUCAGUUCAAAUGCGAAGAAGACGAGGUAAUGGCAUUGCAGGAACGGGUAGGUGAAGCUCAGCGGACGGCCCGUUUGGAACUGAAGGACAUUGACGAUCGUAAAGGUUCCAAGGGGAAGAAGCGUGGCCGGAGAGGAGAUUCUGACGAUGACGAUACAGAACAGUUUAAUGGCGUCAGGAAACGCAUCAAGAAGGGCAUGAAGGGGGGAAAAGGUAAGUUCAAGAAAUGAGUUUCUGUGUAUUUUCUGCAUAGCUGCAAAAAAAAACGAGACGAAAACAA